UCCCAACUCAAGAACCACCGCUUUUAACCUUGAUCUUCGUCUUAGACCUCAAGCUUGGAUAACUAAAGAAAAAAAAAAAUUCACUCCACCACCGCUAUGCUCGCCGCUAACACCCCUCAUCCUCCUCAAGAUGCGAUUCCCUUGCCAGUCCUAGAAGAUUAUGAUGUAUCCCCUAAGACGGGAUUUGUCCCAUACCCACAGCCACUCGCUCGAUUGACACAGCCCUAUUUCGCGCCCUGGGAAGAGAUUAUGGAUCAAUUAAACGUAUUGAUUGAUUCAAGACAGCUCCGAGCUCGUGUCGACCAGCUGCCACUGCUGGAUGUUAGUCGUCUGGAGACAAAAGCCGAGCAUAAGCGUGCAUACGUCCUACUGAGCAUCAUGGCCCAUUCAUAUGUCUGGGGCAGCGGUCUAGAUAUUGCCCAAUCCAUUCCAGCUCCCCUGGCUGUUCCCUGGCAAGCAGCCGCAGACCUGGUCGAGAUCUAUCCGGUCCUGACUUAUGCCUCCAGCAAUCUCUGGAACUGGAAGCUGAAGGAUCCUCAAGGGACCCAUGCUAUCGAAAACCUCGAUGCGCUGUCGACGAUGACAGGAACAUCCGACGAGACAUGGUUCCUUAUCGUUUCCAUAGCAAUCGAGGCUGAAGGUGGUGCAGCAUUGCAGUUCCUGCUCAACGCCAUGCACGCUGCCCGCAAAGACGACGUCGUGGCCACCACAGUAAAUCUCAAGGCUGCCCUGACCCGAUUGGAACCGGUCGGCAAGCUGUUGGCACGCAUGUUUGAAAAAUGCGAUCCCGCUGUCUUCUACUGGAAGAUUCGCAAGUAUCUGUCCGGCUCCGAAAACGCGGCCGGACUCGGUCUGCCCAACGGUCUCGAGUACAAGGGUGUGAACAACAACGAGCGCAAACAUCUCAUGGGCAGCACUGGCGGCCAGACUUCUCUCUUCCCAGCUCUCGAUCUCAUCUUUGGCAUCGAUCACCAUGAGCCGGGUUCCUCGGCCGAAACCAAGACACCCAACGCCUUAAUGCUCAAGAUGAAGAACUUCAUGCCAGGUCCUCAUCGCGACUUUUUGGACCAUCUUGCCAAGGUUACCAACUUGCGUGCCUAUGUACGUUCCAAAGUCGACUCGGAGCAAGCAGACGAGCAGACGAAGGAGCUGAUCGCUACCUAUGAUGCCUGUGUGCACCAGAUCAAGCUGUUCCGAGAUACCCAUAUCCAGGUCGUGACCCGCUACGUUAUGACCCAAGCUAAGAGAGACCCACCAGAGGGAUGGGAGGACUAUCGUGUCCAGGUCAGCAAGGAACUACCCAAAAAGGAAGAGAACCGGAACGAAGAGGAUCAAGCAGAACCCUCAAUUAAAGGAACAGGCGGAAGUGAUCUGAUGCCAUUCCUCAAGGGCAGCCGCGACGACACCAACGCCGCAAAGCUACAGACAGCUGCACGCCAGAACUGAAGCUGAGAACAACAAUGCGCCGAUUUUUUUGCUAUUUCGGCAACAUGAAUGGUUUUUCUUUCUUUAUUUUUUCUCUCUGCCUUUCAAUUCAAAAUACAGGUUGGGUGAGAUACGCCAACGGUGUCGAUGUACAUGAUUGUGCAAAAAAUAGGUGCCUCGGUAACUAGAGGAGGAGGUCCCUG